AUGCUGUUAAUCCGCGAGGCGAAGCUGUUCCAGUUUACGUUUCGGAUAAUUGUUGGCCUCUAUACGGUUGUUUCUCAUGUCAACAACUUGCACUUGUUGUAUAAACGGCAGGGCUGUCAGUUCCGGGCGCCGAUGACACUGGUGUUUCAUAUCACUGUUUGGUUGUUUACUGCUGCAUUGGCAGUGCUGUCUGAUGGGUAUUCUUUGUCGUGUUGGCGUCAGACUGGAGGUAGGAUUGAGUAGCAUGAAAGUACUCGAAGUGCGGGGCUCGGAUUCUCCUUAAACAUGGCACACACAUCGAACAUCCGGCAUGAAAAAAAAGUUUCAGCUCGCGCUUUGCCGGGGCGGCCGCGAUAUUCAACGAUCGCUGCCGCCGAGAGAGAAGGUGAAAUACGGAGAGCGGUCAGAGAGAAAAAACAUGUUUUGGCGGUGACUUUGUUAGUUUCGGGGAGAAAAAUUGACCCCUUGUUAACAGAUUACCCUCUACGGUAGAAAUAAGCAUGAAACUUUUCAUGCCAAAAUUCGCUAAAAAGUAUCACAGUUUUGCAACUUUCGGUCUUAAAACCUCAGUCGUUUCUGUAAAUCGCGAACUAGGAGUUUCACACAAUAACUAGAAAAAAGAACCUAAAUUUGUCUCAGGUUUCAUCAUAAUCUGAGCGUCGCACUUGGGGUACUCCACUUGUAAAACUAUAUAAUUUCGAUUGAUCCAAGCGCUCUCAACUUUCACAUCUUUUAGCCCCACUUCAUGUUGAUGGCCUUGUUCUUUUCUGGCUUGGAACUGCUUACAAUACUGGCUUGAUUUUGAUUGGAUUUUCAGUCGUCUUCCUCGUCACAGACCGAAUCAUGGCCGUACUCAUACCUCUCUUCGAUCGCGUUAGCCUUUUCCCCUUCCUCAUUGGUUUCUCACUACUGACAGGCGCUACACUGAUGAUCACAACGGCUGCAACCGAACUUCCUGUAAGCCGACGUAGUGGUACGUUUGGGCUUAAAAUUUCAGUUUGUUUUGAAUUUUCGUUAAAAAAGUUUUUGACAACAUCAUGUAUAUUAGUCUGUCGGGAAAAUAAUAUGGAUUUGUCUCGGCUUGGAAUCACCCAUCAUCGCUUUGUGAAGGUUGGCUGAGGAUUUGGCGCGCGAUUGCGACGAGAUAUUUCUUUGCGACAAGUCCACAUUAUUUUCCCGACAGAUUGAUAGCACUGUUACUACCCGAUUCAAAGCAUUUUCUUCGCGAUUUUUGGAGCGACGCGCCAAAACCGCACUGUAAACUUUUGAGGACUUUUUGCGACGAGCUUUAUCUCUCCAUGAUUCCAGACACGUUGAGUUUCUACGCCACGGCCUUCCGCAACCACGCGAAUGACUUGUUCAAGGUGCGCGCCGCUCUUGGCGUCCUCAAUCUGAUCUUAGUGGUCGUCUUUGUGCUCUCGAUUCACUACAAGAUUCGACGUCCACGAAGUCGGAACGCCUUCAUCGAAAAAGUGGCGGUUUGUUCGGGAAUUACGCAAGUCACGUGCUGUGUGAUGCCGCAAUUCAUCCGUUACAUGUUGCAGGACAAGGACGCGUCACGCUCGGCGUUCGUCCAUGUUUAUUACGCAAUGUCGUUCGUGAUUGACGCGUUGACAACAACGUAUGUGUUGAGGAACGUGGUGAAGAAUUUGACGCGCUGCAAUGGGGUGGCAUGUCUUCAGAAUAACUGGAUCAGCGCAGCCCAAAGGCGGCCGUGGUCCACGGGGUUUAUUAGAAGGUAA